CCUAGCAUUAGCAAAACUACAACUCCCAGCUUGUCCUCACUGACAGUAGCGGGACACAAGCUGACAGUGGGAGGAUUUUUCCUCCAGCUCUGAGCCCUGCACUCACAACUGUCAAUCAAGGAAGUGUGUCCAUGACAUAGGUGAUGAUGCAUGGACACAGCAGGACUAGUAUGUGUCCAAGCAGGCAGGGGGGCAGUUGUUUGACUGGCUUUUUCAAUAUGAAAUACUGAAAAUUUUCUAAUGGAAGCAAUUGCAAAACCUAUUGGUUAUACAUGCUUUACAACAUAUCAAAAGUUUUUGACAGUGCCCAUUUAACAGUAUUUGUCGGCAUACCUUUUUCGUCGGGAUUCGAUUAACGGGGGCAGGAACACAGUGUGGGCCUAGGCUUACAUGCACUUUUGUUCUGUGAACUCCAUCAGUAGAGAAAACAUGUUAGAAACUUGUCUGUGCUCAUUCCUGUCCUAUCAGACUGCAGCAUGAAAACAGCGAGGAGGGGGUUACAGAGCAGCUUGUAGUGAUUGGAUGAAGAAACAGCACAGUAGACUCAGGGAGGAAGUAAAUGCAUGGGGAGCAGCAAUAUACCGUACUUAAAUUCCAAAGUUUACUAUUGACUAAUGUUUGUGACAUCUCUAUAUACAAAAGAUGAAAAGAGCUGAAGAGCAGAUGAAAGAAUGGAAAUGUGAUACCUCAGAAACACGCAGGCCUCACCAUGCAGGUGAAUACUUGUACAUGGAAAACAGUAUUGUUGAUCACAACAAUGGUAACUAAGUAGAGGCAGGAUCAGAGACAACUGGGAAGAAGAAGCCGAAGAUACUCAGACCACACUGUUUUAUAUUACUAGGGCAUAGGCACCUAUGUAGAAUUGACCUUAGUUCUAGGAGAAUUGUAACAAUCUAUCAAUAUAGUGAAUAAUACUGGAACAAAAGAACAGGGUGAAGAGGCCCCCAAAUAGAAUUCUAUACAGGCGAUGUCAGAUUAUUGCAAGUGAUGUGAUACUGUAGACAGACAAGAGUAUAGAAAUCUACACGAAAACAUGAUCUGCAGUCCAAAGCCACUAAAACAAGAAGAUCUGAGUGAUUUAAAGGAACCCAGAGAACACAUGCAGAAUCCUGGAGUCAUGGUCUCAGUCGCCACCAUCACUGACAUUAAAGGACUUGCUCAUUCACAUGUUUCUGAGUUCUCCAGGAGACAUCCAACAAUCCCCAAACGUUACGUUAUGCCCUGGAAGCAUGACAUGGUGAACAGGAAACUAAUCACAAGGCACGCAGAUUUAUCUGGGCUGUACAAAGGCCCUCACGACGAGAGCCUGUUUCUGCAGAACAAAGAAAGGCUAUGUCAUGGAGAAGACCGUCACGUCAUCCUGGAGAAGAUAAAAAUCCCAUUACAACAUCAGCUGACAGAUUUCCCAUUGCACUCCCAUUUGUCCAGAUACCAGAGUUAUGUGAUGAACCAGAAAACUAGAAUGCUAGGAUCUUACGAAUAGAUGCCUUAUUAUCCACUUUCUGUUCAAUGACCCAGAGGCCCCAGCCAGUGGUCGACAUUGUAACCUUUGCAAUCCUAUUGUUUCACUCUGUAGCGAUCAGCAUGUUUCAUUGUGUGUCCAUGGAAUGAGAUUUACCGUCAUUGUGGUUAAUAUAAACACAAAAGUGUCUGCUUUAUAUGUAGUCAAUAUAUAAGACUGAUCAAGAUUAAAUUUAUGUCUAAAAUAAAAAAUGCUAAUAUUCUAAGA